AUGGAACAUUUAGAGGAACCUACCAGAUUACUUCUGCAAGAUAGUCUAUUGCAGUCUGAAGACAGUAUUCACACAAGAGAUGGGUCAGUAAACAUAAAGGGAGAGCUUACUAUCAAGAGGGAAACUGGGACAUGGAAAUCAUGCCCCUUUGUUCUUGGUACUUUCUUUUGUGAACGUUUGGCGUAUUAUGGGAUUGCUACAAAUCUUAUCACUUAUCUCACCACGGAACUACAUCAAGGACUUGUUUCUGCAGCAAAAAAUGUUACCACUUUUCAGGGAACUUGCUAUCUUACACCUCUCGUUGGAUCCUUCUUCGCCGAUGCCUACUUGGGAAGAUACUGGACAAUUGCAGUGUUCUACGGAAUCUAUCUCAUUGGAACCUGCAUAUUGAUCAUUUCAGCAACCAUUCCUGCAUUGAAGCCAAUGGAAUGUGUGAGUUCUGUCUGUCCAUCAGCAACUCUAGCUCAAAGUGCUGUAUUCUUCUUUGGACUCUUUUUAAUUGCAUUGGGAACUGGUGGAAUAAAGCCAUUAACGUUGGUGCAAUUUUAUCAGUCACUGUAUUGGUAUGGACCGAAGAAAAUGUUGGGUGGGGACUUGGAUAUGGAAUUUCUGCACUGUUUAUUGGUGAUUUCUUCUGCUUUGUUCAAGUGGAAAUUGGAGGUUCCCCAAGACAGUUGUCUCCUCUUUGAAUUAGCAGUGAAGAAUUCCUCCAUUGAAGGAAGUUCUAGACUAGAGCAUAGUGAUGGAUUGAGGUUCCUGGAUAAAGCAGCAGUGAUAUCAGAUGCAGAAAAAGAGAGAGCUGAAGUGACUAGUCCAUGGAGGCUUUGUACAGUUACACAAGUGGAAGAGUUAAAGAUAUUGAUCCGCAUGUUUCCAAUAUGGGCAUCAGGAAUAAUCUUUUGUGCUGUUUAUGCACAAAUGUCAACGCUGUUUGUUGAACAAGGGAAAGUGAUGGACACAAGUAUUGCUUCUUUGAAAAUUCCUGCAGCCUCUCUUUCAACUUUUGACAUCAUUGCUGUCAUUAUUUGGGUUCCAAUUUAUGAUAGAGGCAUUGUUCCAAUAGCAAGGAAUUUCACCAACAAGGUAAGAGGCUUCUCAGAAUUGCAAAGGAUGGGAAUUGGUCUUUUUCUCUCCGUUAUUUGCAUGUCAUCUGCUGCAUUAGUAGAGAGCAAGAGGUUGCAAAUGGCAAAAGAAAUUGGAUUGGUUGACGAAAAUGUCCCUGUACCAAUUAGUAUCUUAUGGCAGAUACCUCAAUAUUUCUUGCUUGGUGCUGCUGAGGUAUUCACGUUUAUUGGACAGCAUGAGUUUUUUUAUGAGCAAGCGCCGGAUACAAUGCGCAGUUUUUGCAGCGCAUUGGCACUUUUAACGAAUUCAUUAGGGAAUUAUCUGAGCUCUUUGAUUGUCACUAUUGUUGAUUACAUCACAACAGAAGAUGGAAGUUGUGGAUGGAUCACAGAUAAUUUGAAUGAGAGUCAUCUUGAUUACUUUUUCUGGCUUCUAGCUGGACUUAGUUUCUUGAAUAUGUUGGUAUACAUUGUUUAUGCUAGACAGUACAAACAAAAGAAAGCUUGUCACGUGAGUCUUCCUUAA